AUGCCACUUUCGAACGUAAACAAAGCCAUUAUUGUUACUCUUAUUGCUACUAUUGCUGAGACAAUAGCUACUCAAGCAAAUUUCGAAUCAGAAAUGUUAGAAUCCGAAGCAAUUUUGCUGAAUCUUAGGAAUGAAAUAAUUCGAGCGCCGAAAACCUUGCGACCGAAGACAGAUGGAUUCUGGACGAAUAUUUAUCCUAAUCUCAAUGAUGAUAGCCUUACAAAUGGUUUUAAAUCUCAUUUUCGCAUAACAAAGACUACCUUCCACAGACUUCUUAAUACCAUCUCCAAUCAUCCCGUCUAUCAGUCUAAUCCAUUCAAACCACAAACUCCUAUCGAAAUGCAAGUUGCGAUCGUAUUACAACGCUUCGCAAACCCUAUGUCUUAUAGAGAAUUAGAAACAUCGUUUGGUAUCAGCCAGGGAUCUGUGGAAAAUUUCACGAAAAGAUUUUGCAUCGCAGUUCUGAAAAAUUUACAAUAUGCAAUCAAAUGGCCCACAGAUCAAUCAAUGCAAGAAGUAGUCGAAGGUUUUGCUCCACCUGAAUUUAGAAAUCCUAUACCAAACGUAAUUGGAGCCAUUGAUGGGUCACAUAUUCCAAUUCAACGACCACAAGUUGAAUAUCAUCAACGAUAUAUUAAUCGUAAAGGAUGCUAUAGUGUUGUAUUAAUGGCUAUCGUCGAUCAUAUGGAGAAAUUUACCUACGUUUAUACUGGCCAACCUGGUGAUUCUGCAUUCCCUUUAAUGCCAUGGUUGUUUGUGCCAUUUAAGGAGCGCGUGACUCAGCGGCUUACUAGACCUCAACGACAAUACAAUAAAGUACAUUCAUCUGCUCGCAUGGCUGUGGAGAGAGCGUUUGGGAAACUUAAAGGCAGAUGGCGCAUAUUAAAAAAUCCGAUGGAGGUAACUGAUCUGACUACAAUGGUUGAUAUAAUAGACGUAUGUUGCAUCCUCCACAACCUCUGCAUUGAUUGUGACGAUCUGUGGGAGGAUGUGAAUUUAAUCAGUGAUGCAAAUAACGAAAUCAUAGAUGUAAAUUUGGGUGCUCAUGUGGCUACGCUUCGUAAUGCAGAAAUUAAAAGAAAUCAAAUAGUUAGGCAAUUGUUUGAUGAAUAA